AUGGAUAAAAAACUCACAAAAAAAUCAAUUAACAAUAAUCCAUACGAAGUAUUUUCACCCAAGCUUUCACUUACUUACUCCAAUGGUACUGACAAUUAUGAGGACGACCAAAGAAAUCAUAAUCAUGUCCAAGACCAUUGUUUACAAACAACGCAACCUCAAAUUUCACUUAAUCAAAAUAAAAAGCUUCAAAGAAAAAACCAUUUCACAACUGUAGCUUCCUCUCCUUCCAGCUUAUCUUUCACUGCAUCCUCCUCCACUAUUGAGUUAUCCUCGUCGACUUUACCUGAAAUAAUUUCCUCAUCGACAACUAAAACAACCACUAAUUAUAAGACUACAGUAUCAACAUCGUCACCUUCCACAUUGCUAUCUGCUACUGCUACUAAUCCUAACGGCAAAAAGAAGAAAAACAAGAAAAAUAAAAAACGUAAUAAUAAAACUGCUAAAAAAUUACAUGAAGGUUGUCGUCAAUCUACAUUUACAGAAAUAACUUCCAAUCAACCACAUAUUAACGAUAAUUCCAAAUCUAAACAACAACAAGGAGGAUAUUUAAAAGGUACACAAGCUGUAGAAUUUAACAAUAAAAUUGACGAAAAGCAAGCUCCUUGUCAACAUUCGAUUGAUGUUGUAAAAUCAAAUUACAUUAAUGAGGAAUUGAACAGUGCGAUUGUUGAUGAACCAAAUAAUGAAUUAAAAAAUGCGCCAAAUGAUGUGAAUGACGAUGUUAAAUUGAAAAUCAUGGAAGAAGAAAGAAUUAAUAACUAUGAUCAAGUAAUUGAAGGUAAAACCAAUGGAAAAGUUAUUCAAGAAAUUGACGACAAUGCAGUUGAAAAUGCCGAAGAUGCCAAAUCUAUCGGUACAGCCACCAUCACUAAUUUUAACGAGGGUGAGGAUACUAUUAAUAAUGCUAUUAAGCCGAAUCUUUUAAACGUUGUGAAUAAAGAACCAAAAGUCGGCGAUAAACUAAAGAUCAAUGUUGAAUCUAAGGUUAUUGAUGAAUCGAAGGUUAUUGAUGAAUUGAAUGUUGAUGAUGUUAAAAAUAAAAAUGCUGAUCAAGACAUUAAUAACAUUGAAGUUGGAGAUUCUUUAACCAAAGAUUAUAACAAUCUUGAAAUUGUCAAUGAUGCAAAAAAAUCGAUUACUACUACCACCAUGAGUGUCGAAGAGGAUGGUGUAAUGAUUAAUAAUGAACCGGCAAUGAUUGAUGCCAAGGCUGAUGAACAGCAGAUUGAUCGAGAAGAGAUUGAUCAACUAAUUGAUACUAAAGAAAAUAAUGAUAAUCAGGCGAAGGAAAUUGAUGGUAGCGAGUUUACUGGUACUAGCAAUAAUGAACAUGAUGGCGAGGAAGAAGCCACUGUAAAAAGAAAAGUUGUUGAAGAUGUAAUUAAAAAGGAAUUAGAAGUCUUUCAAAGGACUACAACCACAACUCAAUUUGGUAGUUACAAUAAUUAUUACCAUUAUUCUCAAAACAAAUUUUUUGUUGGAUAUCAUCAACCAAGAGCAACCGUUCAUCACAAACGUGGAUUGCCUGCGGGAUGCCUUUUUGUGGCAAGCUUGUCGUCUUCUAGAGCAGAUGAUGUUCUUCAAAAAGCAGUAUGGCAACAUUUUUCGAAAUGGGGGUUGUUACUAAAUGUAAAGGUGCUAAAAGAUAGUAACAAUCGUCCAUAUUCAUUUGUACAAUUUGAAAAUGUUGAUGAUGCAAGACGGGCGCUUGUUGAAGCACACAACACGAUCGUUGAAGGUAGACAUAUCCGAGUUGAACAAGCAAGAGUCAACAGAACUUUAUUUAUUGGACAUGUUACCAGAGACUUGUCGGAACGUGAGGUGAACGAAAUUAUGGGUGCUUUUGGUGGUGAAUUAGAAGAUGUUUACAUGUUCAGAUCGUUCAACAAUAAUAAUGUUCUUAGAAGCGGUGCAUUUGUUAAAUUCUGUUACCGUGAUGAUGCAAUCAGAGCAUUUAUCAAUUUAAGUAACGACAUGAGACUUGUGGUGGAAUGGUCUGAAAAUAUUGAUAAAGUGGUUCCUGGACCAAAUGAUAUUGACAAAAAAACUAUCUACGUUGGCCAACUUGUGCCCAGAGUCACGCAAGAAAUGCUUUACAAAAAAUUUGACAUUUACGGAGAAAUCAAGGAAUUGAAUUUAAUUUACAAACUUCAUUCGACAUUUGCUUUCAUUCGAUACGAUAAUGAAGACUCAGCCAGAUCAGCCAUUGACAGAGAAGAAUCAAACGAAUAUCGUGGCCGUUUAUUACAACAAUUCAGACAUUUAGGCGAAAUAAGCCGCAAAGCUCAUGAAAGGGUUGCAACUGAACAUUCUUACAUGGUUGCCAAUUGUCCAACAUAUUACAUGCAACCACCACAACAUAUAAGCAUGGGUUUUGCCAAUCCAUAUGGUGCUACACGACAGAUUCUUCCGCCUCCCACUCCACAAUAUAUACAAACACCAGAAGGUCAUGUUUAUCCUUACGCAUCUUACGCAUCGCCUCAAUAUUACUUUUGA